UCUUUUUACCGCUUGGACUACUCUCUGUCAGCAUAAGAAAGAGGGUACGAAAGGCGUUUUUCAAAUGUGAUGAAAGUAACAGGUGUGUCAUGAUUGAAUGUGCACUGUUUCAGUAACAUGAGGCUGAAGCUCAGAAACAUUUUCCUUGUCUACUUUGUGGUCUCCAGUAUUGUUCUGCUGUAUGCAGUGUUGCAACUUGGGCAGCCAUGUGAUUGCUCCCUUCAUAUUCAGGAAGCUCGGGGUAUCCAUGGGAAGGACUAUAAUGUUGCGAAUCGAAGGGAAUCCAAUGACCAAGGACUAGUGAGCCAGUUACCCAUUAUAUAUGUGGUUACUCCAACCUUUAGGCGACCUCUACAACGUGCAGAACUCACCCGCUUGUCCCAGACUUUGAUUUUGGUCCCUGCUCUUCACUGGAUCUUGGUAGAAGACUCACCAGAAAGAACCCCAUUAGUGACAGAUCUGCUUGCACAGAGUGGUUUGCAUUAUACUCACUUGAAUGUUCAGACACCACCAUCCAUGAAACUUAAAGAAGGAGACCCAAAUUGGUUGAAACCUCGUGGCGUGGAACAACGUAAUGAAGCCCUGCAUUGGCUAAGGACAAACCAGUCACCAGUAGAUCGAGGAGUUGUAUAUUUUGCAGAUGAUGACAAUACAUACAGUGUCAACAUUUUUAAGGAGAUGCGUUAUACUCAGAAGGUCUCUGUCUGGCCAGUUGGGCUAGUUGGGGGCUUGCUCUAUGAGGGACCACUGGUAGAUAAAGGCCAUGUGGUUGGAUUUCACACUGCCUGGAAGACACAUAGACCAUUUCCCAUAGAUAUGGCAGGAUUUGCAGUGUCCCUCUCAAUUCUUUUAAUGCACCCAGAUGCCAUAUUUGAUCCCAUUGCGGAGAGGGGAUUUCUGGAAAGCAGUCUAUUACAACAGUUGGUAUCAGUUGAAGAACUGGAGCCCCGAGCAGAUAACUGCACCAAGGUAUGGGUUUGGCAUACACGGACUGAAAAACCAAAACUCAAACAAGAAGAAGCACUGGAGAAACAGGGGAAGGGUUCAAAUUCUAACAUACGGGUAUGAUCUUAAUUUGAAGGUUAGACCCACGGGAAGGUAUGAUCUUCAUGCAGACCGUAGACUUGAAUGUAUUGGUGUAUUAAUACAGAAGGAAGACCCUUCUUUACAGACAUUAUCUUAGUGCAGAGGUGUCGCACACAAACAAUGAAUUUCUAGCUGUGCUAACAUAAUUCUAAAAGGGUUUCCCAAUGAUCAGCCUUUUAAACUUAAACUUUUAUUAGUCAAUACAAUGCGCUGUUGGGACACAGGAGUUUUGAUUGCUGAUAAAGUACUUCUGUAUGCCUCAGUUUUCAGCAGCAAUAGUCAUUAACAAUGUGAACACUAUAUUUCUAAUUCAUUUGAUAUGUUAAUGGACAAAAUUUGCGUUUCUUUCACAAACAAGAACAUCUCUAAGUGACCCCAAACUUUUGAACAGUAGUGUGUGUAUGUAUGUAUGUAUGUA